AUGCGGAUACUAUCCUCUGGUAGUGAUUCAUCUACCCAACGUAGAUCACCCUCUCUGCCUAUUCGUCCAAAAGGCCUUAAUCAAGAAACCACACUCAUGCGAGGAUCUACCCAACGUAGAUCACCCUCUCAGCCUAUUCGCCCAAAAGGUCUUAAUCAAGAGACCGCACUCCGUAACCACCCAGAAACGUUAGAUGUAGCUAUGUUCAAACAGUAUCUGGCUCAUGAAAACCUUCACCUCAAAAUUUGCACAAUUUUACCUCCGAUACAGGCUGCUUGCCGUGCCUACCUCGCGUGCAAAACCUCCCAAUCUAAGGAUAGAAAGCAUCACCUAGCCGGGUGGCGUCAAUACCUGAUGAACCAGCCAGCCUCCUUGAUCUCUCUUCAAGCCGCUGUCCGCGGCUGGUCAGUAAGAUCCACCAGCUAUGGAAAGCGACGUCAAUUGGGUGACUGGCGCCGCUGUUUAGUAGAUAGGCCCAAUAGCCUCAACUCCUUUCAAGCUGUCCUUUGGACUGCUCUUACAUGCCGAUCCAAGGCUAGGAAGCAGCGUCAGCUGGCCGAAUGGCGCCAAUACCUGAUAGCUGGGCCAGCCCUUUUAAUUUCCCUUCAAACCACCAUCCGUGGCUGGUCAGUAAGAUCUGCUACUGGCGGAAAGCGAUGUCAAUUGGGUGAUCGGCGUCGCUGUUUGAUGGAUAGGCCUGGUAGCCUCAUCUUCCUUCAAGCAGUCCUCUGGACCGCUCUUAUGUGCCAGUCCUUGGGUAGAAAGCAGCAUCAGCUGGCCCAAUGGCGUCAACACCCGGUGGCCCAAUCGGCCCUAAUCCCGCUUCAAACUGCCAUUCGUGGCCAAUUAGCAAGAUUUGCCAAUGACGGAAGGCGACAUCAACUUGGUGAUUUGUGCCGUUACUUAGUCGAUAAUCCGGCGAGUCUCGUCUCCCUUCAAGCAACUCUCCGGACCGCUCUUAUGCGCCAAUCCAUGGAUAGAAAACAGCGGCAGCUGACCCAGUGGCGUCAAUAUCUAAUAGCCCAACCAGGUUUCUUGACAUCCUUUCAAACUGCCAUCCACGGCUCGACUUCCUUGUCUCCUUUCAAGCCGUUCUCCGGACUGCUCUCACACGACGCCGAUUCCAACAUUUGCGCCUCAAAUUCAUACCAGUCCACCUUUUUCACUUCUCUGCCAUCAUUCAAGAAGCUCUCCAUGGAAAUCAAGUUGGACAAUUCACCAGCCUUCUACUUCUGCUUUUCCCCUAUGUAG